AUGGAUGAAAACAAAGGAGAAACCACAAAGAAACAACCACCACCACCACAACAACAACAUUUAUCCAACUCUCCUAAUGACUCUAAUCAAGAUUCACCUGAUAAUACUAUACCACAGCAACAGCCACCGCAACCUGUGAUUUCUGGAGCUUCUUAUAUUUCUUCUUCUCUCUAUAAUAUCCCAGGCGGUGCAGCAACUACAUCUGUUUCUUUUGAACAACAACAACAACAACUGCAGUUUGAAGUUGUGAACCCAAAGCGACCUCGAUAUACUGCAAGUCAAUGGAAAUUCAUACCAUCUUCUUCUUCUCAACAACAACAGCAAAAUCCCAGUCAAGUGAAUAUACUAAGCACGGAGUCAAGUCCAAUUUCACCUUCGCCACAAGCAGCUGCUGCUACCAACCCUCAAACUCAAGCUGCGUCGUCUUCGGACACAGCUUCUUCUCCUUCACACUCGCCUCGGCCUUCUGCAUCUGGGCAAGAAACUAGCAAAGGCGAAGGAGGAGAACAAGUUCACCAACAAUUUCGGAAAGGAAAAUACGUAAGUCCAGUUUGGAAACCUAACGAGAUGUUGUGGCUAGCUAGGGCUUGGAAAAUUCAGUACCAAGGUGGUUCAUCAGAGCUUCAUCUAGAAGGUUCUCAAGAAAUGAGUACAGGCGCGGGAGUGCAACAAGGUAGAGGAAAAACUCGAGCUGAUAAAGAUAGAGAAGUGGCUGAUUUUCUCAACAGGCAUGGAGUUAGCAGAGAUGCUAAAACGGCUGGAACUAAAUGGGACAACAUGUUAGGUGAAUUCAGAAAAGUCUACGAAUGGGAGAGAGGUGCUGAGAGAGAACAAGGUAGCAAGAGUUAUUUUAGACUGUCCCCUUAUGAAAGGAAGAUGAAUAGAUUGCCUGCUUCAUUUGAUGAAGAGGUGUUUGAAGAAUUAUCUCAGUUUAUGGGCUCUAGAAUGAGAAGUCCUCAAACUAGAGGAGUUGGAGCUGGAUUUGGAAGUCAGGCCAAUAUUGUCGUCUCUCUUAGUGACACAGUAACCAAAUCUUUGCCUCCCCCUCCACCUUUCAGAGAGGAUGACCUUCCUCUCUCUGCAAGGGCAAAACAGUUGGCUAUACCAAUAAGUGGAACAGAAGCAUUACUACAUGGAACAAGAAGUGGGUUCUUAGGGUACGACACAACUACUACUUCUUCAUUAGAUAUUGGGGGUCCAUCUUCUUCUGCUUCUUCAAAAGAGCUUCGUCGCAUUGGCAAGAUUAGAAUGAUAUGGGAGGAAUCAGUGAGCUUGUGGGCAGAAGAAGGUGAACAUCACAGAGGUAGAGUGAAGCUUCAAGGUACAAGUUUUUUAAACGCCGAUGAAAUUGCUUUCUUGGAUGAUUCUACGGUUGCCUGCACAAUGGAGGCCUUUGAAGAUGGACCUAUGAAAGGUUUUUCCGUUGAUAGAUUCCUUUCUGGAGUACAACUAAAAGUCUUUGGCAGGAGAAAAUCCUCUUCAGCUCCUGCUCUUUCUGGUCCCAAUGAAAGAUUGCAACUUCCCUCCUCUGAAUUUCCCAUCAAAUCAACUACUCCUUGGGAAUUUCAAGAUCCAACUGAGUAUUACGUGGGGUGUCUAAGAUCUCCACCACCUACACUUCCAAGCUUGUUUGAGCUCUCAUGGCAUUUACAACAGCCACCACCAGAGGAGCUCCGUUUCCCACUUCGGAGAGAUGUGUUCAAAGAUUUGCCUCAAGGGAAAGAAUUAUUUUUCACAAUUUCAACUGAGUUAUUAGACUGUAGAGGCAUCACUUAUGAGGUCUUGAGCUCUAUUAUGCGCCCAAACCCUAGCCUGAGUACUGCAACUGAUAGGGACUCUUAUAUUGGACUUUGGGAUGAUUGCAUCAAUAGGAUUAUAUCUAAGUUUUGUUCCAUUGAAAUGGUUUUCGUACGGAAAUCAAAUUCAUCGUUUUCUCUUGCGGAAACAGUGCAAGAUCAAUGGCCUAAUGUUACUGCUUUCUUGAGGAAUUUUUGCUUGUGGAGAGGAGAGGAGACUGGUCAACUAAGUGAAGGUCAACUAGAUCCAUCUUCUUCUAUUGUGGAGAAACUUCUCUGGACUUAUAUGGACCUUCCUUACGUGUUAGGUUACUAUGCCGUUGGCUUCAUUGUUACGUUCUGUGCUUUAAGUCGAUCACAGGAUCGAAUUAUCCGAACGGAUCUUUACACAGUGGAUCUCUCAACCCCAGUUGAAAGACUAAAAGCUUUAGUUCCAUGUUGGAGAAUUGCUGGCUUAUUACCAUUAUUAGCUGAUCGAUGUUUCCAUUAUAUGAGUAGCAACGGGAGUAAUUUAAAACAUCUACCUUAUACCGAUUUUGAGAGAAUAGAUCUGGGUAACGGAAAUAUUGUGGAGAUGACUCCAAAUACAGUGGUGAGAUAUUUCUCUAGUAAAAGAAAAUGGGUGGCAGUCAAAGAAAUAUACGAUUUUCUUGACCAUAGAAUCCCACAUGCAGAAUUUGUUGUUAGGGCAUCUGAAAAGGAUUUAGCUUUGGUCUUUAAGCCUAGAGGCUGCAAGUUCAAGCCGGCUAAUUGUGAUCAACUAAUAGAAGCAUUAAAGCAAAUCACAAAAGCAUUGGUUGCAUUACAUGAUCUUUCUUUUAUGCACAGGGAUUUGGGAUGGGAUAAAGUCAUGAGGAGAAGUGACAGGGAAAAUGAAUGGUUCAUUACGGGAUUCGACGAGGCAGUGAGUUCGCCACAGCUAUAUCCUUACGGAGGAGCAGCCGCGGCGACGGCGGCUAGUGGGAGGCACCCGCCGGAGAUGGUGAGAAAUUAUCAUAAUGUAAAAGUUGAUGUAUGGGGAAUAGGUCAAUUAGUGAAGAGUUGUGGGUUAGUGGGGGUACCAAAAUUGCUGAGGGAAUUGCAGAACAGGUGUUUGGACCAAAACCCGGAGCAGCGACCGACGGCGGCUGACUGCUAUCGCCACCUGUUGCAGUUGCAGUCUUCAAUGUCUGCAGCCGCCGCCGGAGGAUAUUGACAAGUGAUGGAUCUGAUACCCUAUUAUAUAUAAUGUGAUUGAUGCGUACUCAAUUUAAUAUUCUCCAUGCACUUCUUCUUUCUUUUUUUGCUGAAGCAGUGAAAGCCACGUAGUUUAAUUUGGCUCAUUGUUUUACGUUACUG